AUGAAACUUCUCGGGGCGAAAGCUAGUCUGGUGACUAGCAUAGUCUUGCUCACAUCAGUGCCGGUUGCCAUCGCUGAUUGUGCUCUUCCAUCAACUUACAGUUGGACAUCAACUGGCGCUCUUGCAAAUCCUAAGUCUGGAUGGACGGCAAUCAAAGACUUCACCAACGUGGUUUUCAAUAACAAACAUUUGGUCUAUGCAUCAACCACCGACGCAAGUGGGAACUACGGCUCGAUGAACUUCGGUACCUUUUCGGAUUGGUCUGGUAUGGCAUCCGCAAGCCAAAAUACAAUGGGCUUUUCAACCGUCGCGCCUACCUUGUUCUAUUUUCAGCCAAAGAACAUCUGGGUCCUAGCCUAUCAAUGGGGCUCUAGCACUUUUACCUACCGAACAUCAAGUGACCCCACCAAUGCCAAUGGGUGGUCAUCGGAGCAAGCCCUUUUUUCAGGGAAGAUCUCAGGUUCAAGCACCGGCGCUAUUGAUCAGACUCUUAUUGGUGACUCUACAAAUAUGUACCUUUUCUUUGCGGGAGACAAUGGCAAGAUCUACCGUUCUAGCAUGUCUAUUCAAAAUUUCCCCGGAAACUUUGGAACAUCGUCGGAGGUGAUACUAAGUGAUGCUCAGAACAAUUUGUUUGAGGCAGUCCAAGUAUACACUGUGAAAGGUCAAAACAAAUAUCUGAUGAUUGUCGAAGCAAUUGGAUCACAAGGGCGGUAUUUCCGUUCAUUUACUGCCAGUAGUCUUGGCGGUUCGUGGACGGCUCAAGCUACAAGCGAGAGCAAUCCCUUCGCCGGGAAAGCCAACAGCGGCGCAACCUGGACCAACGACAUCAGUCACGGCGAUUUGGUUCGUUCUAACCCUGAUCAAACCAUGACCAUCGACCCAUGCAACCUGCAAUUCCUCUAUCAGGGACGAACCCCAAGUUCUGGUGGAAACUACAACACCCUAGCGUGGAGGCCGGGUGUGCUCACCUUGAAGAACUAG